GACGCCAUUUUAUUAAUUAGUUCAUUGCUCCAGGUUUGCGCGAGUUCCUUGGAAGCACUAUAUUUGCCUUCGGAUUCCUUUCCAUUCCAAUGAACCAGUGUGUGACUAUUUUUGCGUCCAGUUGGCCAGUUGGUGGUAACAUUCUUGGUGCUUUUGUUUCGGUAGUUCAAGUGCGCGGUUUACCGAUUCCGAAGCAAACUUAAAUUUCUGAAUUACAAGAUAUUCUCGAUAAGAAUGUUUGUGUGCAGUAAACCAUAAAAGUUUAUCACGGACAGCGAAACUAUAACGUUAUUUGUAAUCGGUUGAUUCACACACUGGCUUCAGUCGGCGCUCCUCCGGAUGUGUGAUUUGUCGACAUAAAAUGAGCUAUCGGGCUUGCCAGUGCGAAUGCCAGUAAUUAUUGGAACAUGUUUCCUCCUUAAACGCCACCGGUGUUGUAACAAUUAGUAUUCAGUGACGUGUGAGUUCUAACAGUUCAGUGAGAGUGAAUAUCAGUUCAAACUAUGGCCUCAAUUUCGGAAUCCCCAUUGAAUAGGCCGAGAAACAGACCUGUCUUGUCUCGGUACAAGCCAAAUUCUAAUGCUUCUGCAGAGCAAUUACAAAGUAAACGCGAGCUGUUUUUCAAGUCGGAAACGGUGAGCGGCGCGACGGGCCCGCCGAGCUCGGCGCCGCCGGCGCCGCCGCUCGCGCCUUCCGCGCUCAAAGACUCACUCGCCAAGCGUUCGGCCACGCUGCCUGACAACCACGAGAACCACCACGAGGCCAACGGCGCCCCGCCGUCCGCCAAACUGAGCAACAGCGUGUCUAUAGACUCCGCGAAGUCGAAUGUGCCUCCAUCUGCACCGCCUCCUGUACCCACCACGACGCCGCCGACCGGCCCUGCGCCACUCAGGAGUACAGAGAACAUAAUCAAGAAAACUGACCAUCCUCCGGUUGCGCCAAAACCAGACCUACCUAAAUUAGAAAAACCAAAAACCAAAGAACUAGAUGGAUACGUUGGAUUUGCAAAUCUACCAAAUCAAGUGUACAGAAAAGCAGUUAAAAAAGGGUUCGAGUUCACAUUAAUGGUUGUAGGUGAGACGGGCCUCGGGAAGUCAACUCUGAUCAACUCGUUGUUCCUAACCGACGUGUACGACAAGGACAAACAUCCGGGGCCGUCGCUGCGCGUCAAGAAGACUGUCGGCGUAGAGACCAGCGUCGUCAUCCUCAAGGAGAAUGGAGUCAACCUCACGCUCACUAUCGUAGACACGCCGGGCUUCGGAGAUGCCGUCGACAACAGCAAUUGCUGGCAACCGAUAAUCGACUUCGUCGAAUCGAAAUACGAAGAAUUCCUAAACGCGGAGUCCCGAGUCACGCGAAAGGCGGCGCCAGCCGACACGCGCGUGCACUGCUGUCUGUACUUCAUCGCGCCCAGUGGCCACGGACUGAAGCCUCUGGACGUGGAGUUCAUGCAGAGGCUGGGGGAUAAGGUCAACAUCAUACCGGUCAUCGCAAAAGCUGACACUAUGACCCCUGAGGAAUGCAAAGACUUCAAAGAACAGAUAAUGAAAGAGAUCGCCGAGCACAAGAUCAAGAUCUACUCGUUCCCCGAGAGCUCGGGCGAGGAGGAGGCGGGCGCGGGCGCGGGCGCGGAGGCGGGGCGGCUGCGCGCGCGCGUGCCGUUCGCCGUAGUGGGCGCCAACACCGUCAUCGAGCACGACGGCAAGCGCGUGCGCGGCCGCAAGUACCCCUGGGGCGUGGCCGAGGUGGAGAACCUGGAGCACUGCGACUUCCUGGCGCUGCGCAACAUGGUGAUCCGGACGCACCUGCAGGACCUCAAGGACGUGACCAGCUCCGUGCACUACGAGAACUACCGCUGCCGCAAGCUAGCCGGCCUGAGCCACGACGGCAAGCCCCACAGGAUCAACUCUAAUAAUUUGUGCCCACAAGGACUGAUGAACAGUUUCAUGACCGUGUGGAACCCCCUGGCUCAAAUGGAAGAAGAAAAGAGGGAACACGAUCUUAAAAUGAAGAAAAUGGAGAGUGAAAUGGAACAGGUGUUCGAGAUGAAAGUGCGCGAGAAGCGCGCCAAGCUGAAGGAGUCGGAGGCGGAGCUGGCGCGCCGGCACGAGGCCACGCGCCGCGCGCUCGAGGCGCAGGCGCGCGAGCUCGACGAGCGCCAGCGCGCGCUGCAGGCGGAGCGCGCCGCGUGGGAGCGCGACACAGGCCUCUCGCUCGACGACCUGCGCCGGCGCUCUCUCGAGGCCAACAGCAAAGAGACCGUCGACGGCAAAGAAAAGAAGGACAAGAAAAAGAAAGAUUGGUCUUUUAAGAGUGUCACAUCCGGAAUAGCUAUUUAAUAUUGGUGGCCACCCCAAUACGAGGCACCAAAUGUAUUUUACGUAUAAGAAGUAGCUGUAUGAUUGUAGCGUAAUUGAACAACGAUUUAUUAAAGACUAUCCGCUGGGUGUAACCAUGAUAAUUAUAUCACUUUACAAACCGGUACAGGUUUCUAUACGAGAUUACUUUUUGUAUGUAUUUUAUAAGUUUUUUUUCCAUGACAAAGCAUUUAUAUAUGAUAAGUGAGGCCUAAUUUUGUACGACUUGUGUUUCAAAGCAAUUUUGUAGAUUGGAUUUUACAAGGUGGUUUAAUAUUUUGGAUCCGUUUUUUAAAUUACUGUAUCAUUGACGAACGUAAGCACAAACAGUACUUUGACACUUUAUGAUUCGACAUUAACGUCCACGAAGAUGCCAAAUAGUUUGUAAUGGUCUGCGUAAGUAAGACCUCGGUCUUUACAAUAUUGUAUUUUAACAAGUAAUUUACGAGAGCUGGAUCGUAAUUAAAUACAAUAAAUAUAAUAAACAUCGACUUGACUUCUCAGCUCAAACACUGUGUGACAUUAAACUCUAGGCACUAAAAUCUUUACUGAUAAAUAUAGCAUAAUAAACUUUACAAAUGCUAGCUGUGAAGAGUUUUAUUUUCUGUUAUAUUUGUAAGUAGAGAAGUUACGUACUGUAGACG